AGGUGCAGCUGCCACAAGACACUCCCCGGCCCCCAGAAAUGGCCCGGCCUUCCCGAUUGGUCAGGAGUAGAAAGGGAGCCCCCCUUAUCUCCUCGUCCCAGGGGGCCAAGUUGAAAUUCCUGGAGCUAUAAAGUCAGGCUGGGUUUUCUCAAUGAAGUAGUAAGGGGGGGCCACAGAGCAGCCAAGGAGAAGGAGAGAAGGCCAAGUGGGGAGCCUAAAACUGAACCAGACCAUCUUUUCUUUGGUUCAGGUCGCCUCCCACUCCCCUUCCCCUGGCGCCGUCCCAGCCCGUCUCCACCACCACUCCCCACCCACAGAGGGAACAGAAGAUGAAGUACAUCAUUGGCAUUGGAGGCAUGACCAACGGAGGAAAAACUACACUGACCAAUAGACUCAUCAAAACCUUACCAAACUGCUGUGUGAUCCACCAGGAUGACUUUUACAAGCCACAAGAUCAAAUAGAAGUCGGGGAAGACGGCUUUAAGCAAUGGGACGUGCUGGAAUCUUUGGACAUGGAGGCCAUGUUGAACACAGUCCUUGCAUGGCUAAACAACCCCAUGAAGUUUGCCCGCACCCAUGGGAUCAACAUCCAACAGAACUCCCAGGAAUCCAACUCCGAUGAUACCCACAUCCUCAUCCUGGAAGGCUUCUUGCUCUAUAGUUACAAGCCCUUGCUGGAUUUGUACAGUCGCCGUUACUUUUUGGCUGUUCCAUAUGAGGAAUGCAAGAGAAGAAGAAGUACCCGCAACUAUAAAGUUCCUGACCCUCCAGGUCUCUUUGAUGGCCAUGUUUGGCCCAUGUACCAGAAAUACAAGCAGGAGAUGGACAACAAUGGUGUGGAUGUAGUGCAUAUCGAUGGACUGAAAUCCAGAGAUGAGCUUUACCGUCAAGUCCUGGAAGACAUCCAGAAUACACUCUUAAAUCGCUCCUAGCUUCUGGGAAGAGAGUGAAAAAGGGAGUGGGACCUGCCCCUCACGGAUUUAGCAGAUCUCCAUCAUGCCAAAGGAACAAUACACUGAACCAAGUCCAUAGACUCUAUGGGGCCCAGAGACAGGUGUCCUCUGCUCCUGGGGAGCCAGACCUGCUCUGAGACUGCCUGGGAAUCUCCCUCUGGCGAAGGAUGGACAAAGCAAACAAUCCAUCAUUUCUUUCGUUGGCUCAGCUGAAGAAAGAGCAAAACCUGCCCAGGGUCUCAGAGAUGGAAACAGUUUAAAGAUCUGUUUUGUGAUGACCACAAUCUACUUAAGCAUUAAAUACACAUACCUGUUUUUUA